CAGAAAUUUUCAAAAGAACACCAUCAGGCACUGGUGGAACAGUCUUUGAUUCUGGGACAACAUUAAGCUUCCUAGCCAAAGGUGCAUAUGAUGUGCUUAGUGCUGAAGUGCAAAGUUGAUGGAUGGAAAGUUGGAAACAGUAGAAGAGCCUGAUAUUCCUUCGGCUUUAUGCUACAAGGGGAUUAUAAGCCAAGACCUUGUUGGGUUUCCAGAUGUUGUCUUGAACUUUGCAGAUGGGGCUGAGUUGGGUUUGGACAUUGAGAGCCUUUUCCAAGAGUAUGGCCAGAAUGAGUUUUGUAUGGCUUUGCAAGAGUCUCCUGUUGGCAAUGACUUGAAUUUUGUUGGAAUUAUGGCUCAGCAAUUUUAUAAUGUUGCCUAUGAUCUUGCUGCAAACAAGGUUUAUUUUCAGAGGAUUGAUUGUGAACUUCUUGAUGACUGAUGGGCAUCCAUAAUAUAGGGAUUUCAAUAUAUUAUACAGCCUUUUUUUUUUUUUUUUAAUAUCAAUUUUUUUCUUAUUUAUUCUUGUAUUUAUUUACUAUUGGUGGGUUUUAAAUAUGGGAUAUAAUUCAUGUAUUUAUUCUUGCUCCCAUAUUGGCCAUUACAUGAAGGUAGAUUCUAGUUGUCAUUCUCUUAGACUCUUUUGUAGCGAAGAAAAAGAAAAGGAAAAAAAACAAGGUCUCAGGUUUGAACCCAUGACAUCUUGGUUGUGUGUGUGAGAAACCCCUCUCCUCUUGUAAUUUAGAUUAUCGCUUGUAUUCAAAAUAAAAGUUCUAUGAACUACCAAGGAAAAACCAUGGAUGUUAUAACUCAUGUUAUUAUUAUCAU